AUGGCCAGCUGGGUGUUCUGUAAUCGCUGUUUCCAGCCGCCGCACAGGAAGUCGUCCUUCAGCCUGACCAGCUGCGGGCACGUGUACUGCAACGCCUGCCUCCUCAAAGGUAAAAAGAAUGAAUGCAUGAUCUGUGGUGUUCCUUGUCAAACAGUUUUACUCUCAAAAAAUACUAACUCCAAUAUCCAGACAUUCUUUCUGGGCAUAGAUGGCCUAUGUAAGAAGUAUUCCCAGGAGACCUCUCAGAUUUCAGAAUUUCAAGAAAAACACAGGAAGAGGUUGGUGGCUUUCUAUCGACAAAAGAUUUCUCAGUUGGAGGAAUCCCUCAGAAAGUCAGUUCUACAAAUCAAGCAACUACAAAGUAUGAGAUCAUCACAACAACCAACUUUCAGCACAGUCAAAAAUUCAGUUUCAACAAAGCCAAAUGGAUAUCUCUUUCUGCCACCCAACUCUUCACUCCCUGACAGGAUAGAGUCAAUGGAUAUUGACCUGACUUCUCCAGCAAGAAAGCCUGACACGGCAGCAGGCCCUUCAAGAAUCUCUCUGAUUAGUCCACCUCAGGAUGGACGAAUGGGCAGCAUCUCCUGCCGGGGACCCCAGCAUCUCAGCUUGACACCCAGCCAUGCAAGCAUGACAAAGGCUAUCAGAGUCCCGCCAUUGCAGAUGCCCUACAAGGAACUGUCACCACCUCCAGGAUCACAGCUAUCCAGCAGAGCAACACAAGGGCCUUCCCCCAGUGUUAGCAGUUCAAGGACAGGGCCACCUCGGCAGCCCAUCAGUAUCUCAAGCCUGCUGCAGAGACAGUGUGCAGGUUUGGCAUCCCCUGGGCUGAUGGACACUGAGAAGAUGAGCCCAUUCUUGCCUUCCACAUCUGCAAAUCUACACAAUGUAGCCAGCCCUUGGCAUGUGCGUGCUCAUCGGUAA